GCCGGCCCGGUUACGUCCGGACCCACCUGUCGGCCCCUUCGCACAAUUUCUCACUCCACUCCGGUCAAUCCUCCAUAAUCUCGCCGCCGUCGUCGUCUCCGUCUCCGGCGGUUAAAUCAGGGGCGUAGGCUACUUCCUCCUCGCCCGUCUCCGGCCUCUGCGAUACACGAUGCGUCUUCUGUGGCUCCGGUUUCUCGCCUCCAGCGAGCUCCCCAGCUUGCUCUGUUAACCCUCUCCGCCCUGCCGCCACGAUGCCGUGCGCCCGUGGCAGACUGGCAGAGGUGUUCGGACCGCACGUCGCCUGCGAGGCUCGGGCUCGUUUCUCGCGUCGCGGCCAUACUGUGCUGCUGCUCAUUUGAUUCGCAGCUCGUGAACCGCUGAUCCGCUCCGUGGACGCUGCGGUGUCGUCCAAUGGGGCUCCCGUACAUGGGCGUGGCCCCGCAUGCGCCCCGGCGGCAACUCCGACAGGCUGAGCGAGUUUCUGGCUCACUGCUGUCUUUGGGAUGCAAUGUGUCUUCUAUUCUCAAUGGUUCCAAACUUCCAUGGAAAUCGUUCGAAAGGUGCUUUAUGUUUUUCUUUGGGGGUUGGUGCUGCCUACUGGGGCACGGCGUGGGCUUGUUUCCUCCGGGGAUCAGGAAGCAUGAAGGUUUGUCUAUGUAUGAUUUUGUGAUUCCUGGGCUGAUCCAGGGACUGAGGGUCUAUGGCCUUUACAACAGCUACCAAUACCCAUGCAGAGUUUGCUGCACUUCCGAAGAAUUAAUCACCGGAAAAUCCUGAUCAAGUGAAUCAACUUCUCUAAAAUGUUGUAGACUGAUAUCAAGGUUGGAGGGGAGGCUCAUGUUAAUGAACUAAGGCUAACUUACAUAAAAGAAUGGAGAUUUUCUCUUCUUGUCAGCCAAUGGGACAGGUUGAUGAAAAAUGAGGGAUAUCGUAAUGAGAAAAAUACUGGGGGUCAUUCUGUAACGAGGAGACACUGUAAUGGUGAAAAUGUCAACAGUUCCACUCACUUUGAUGGACAUGAUGCAAUGAUCAGUGCCAGUUCCUUGGUAUUCCAGGCUCCAAUGCCAGUACAAUAUUGAUUAAGAACUGCUGCAGACUGCAGUUUACUUAAACAGACAAUUUUUAAGGCUGUAACUCGUGUACAUCAGAAAUUGUCAUGAUAUUUUGUGCUUGGUACUUCUGGGUUUCAUAGUAUAUGUAUUGUAGGAACAGAAUUCUUGUAAAUUGUAAACAGUUGUUUUUUUAGCAGGUUGUGAACCUUUCAUAGCUGAAAGAAUAAUCUUAAUUCUGGGUGUGUUAUGAUUCUUCGAGAGUCCAUUUAGUUUUUA